AUGAAGGUAGCCUAUCCCCAAACAACCACCGGAAACUGCAAGACCAUUGGCGAGAUGGGGAUGCUGCAGACUAUCCUGGAUGAAUCCUCUAGCGCGUCCGUCGAGCCAGCAAAUCGCCAGGCUUAUCGUCUAGCGCGAGCGACCACAGCGAAGCCGGCGAUUCGAUCGAUGGUGGUUGUGGCUGUGAAUGCUGACGGCCUCUUAGACCAGAGAAAAUCUGGCUGCCACUGUCACACCACGGGUGAGGACGUGCCUUACUACUACCCACCUGGGCAGGGGAAGAGGUACAACUGGCAGAAAUCAGACAUCUACACCGUAAGUCGCUGCAGCAGAAAGAAUGGUCGAGGUCCCAGCGCACUUGACUCGACCUAUCCACUGGCUGAUCUCCCCACGCGAGACAACUCUGGCAAAGACCCGAUAGAGACAGGUACGACUUUGGACUGGCUUAAGACGGUUAUACGCGAUAUAGUUCAGCCCGGAGGAGGGGGUGUCCCUCCAUCCACGGAAGAGAUUGGACUGCGCUCUGAAACAAGAGGCGGAUGA